AUGCAGAGUCUUGCUAUUAAACGCUCCAGGGAGGAAGAAAAGGGAGACGAAGCCUCAGAGGAUGAUGAGCUGACGUUAAGACGUAAACCAACACAAACCCAGGGCACCGCAGCCUUACCUCUUACUCCCGCGACAACGGAAGACCAAUGGAAUGAUAGUGACGCGGCUGAGAUUUGGGAUGGCCAGCAGACACAUACCCAUACUUUUCCCUCCUCCGGCAGCCAUAUACACCUCGAGGCUGAUACCGACAUGAACAUGAUGGACUGCGCGUCUACAGAAUCCUCCACUUUGCCUGUAUGGCCUCCCACCGGCCAUGGUAAUGGAGACAGGAGGCGUAAUAUUAGCAGCUCCCUCAAUUUUACAGACACAAGUUUAGUGGUUACCCAAGCUUGCCAUAAGUCUUCCUCUGUCAACGCACCCGUGGUUUCCUCGUCUACUAGUGAUCUACACCCUCCGGCAUCUGCUAUCACGCAUCUCGAAGCCUCCCGCUUUCCCAGUCCCAUAAGUGAAUUUCAAGCCGAGACGAAGAAAUACACCGGCAAAUUUACAUUACAUCCCUUCCAACCUUGCUCCCACCUUGAUGAUCCGAGCAUGCCUUCAAAUACAUCUCUGUCCAAUUCUGUAUCUUCGAAAUCCACCAACAAAUUCGGCGGUCCACAAGGAAAUAGCCCAACCUUACACCCUCCUACAAACCCAGAAGCUGGCUCUUUUCAGAAACGCCCCGAUCUCACAGUCAACCAUACCGCUACGUUGAUGGCAAAACAGCCUAAAAAACCUACUAUAGCUAUGGGGUUCCGAGCUGACUGCGACAAAUGCCAGCGCAGAGAACCUGGCCACUAUAGCCACAUCGUCUAUUCCUAG